AUGCAAACGGUGCGAGCGCUGAGGCCUGACCUGGUUAUGAUCUCGGAGCCAUACCGACAUUUUGGCCCCCAAUCCUGGAUUACUGACGCCAGCAAGAAGACUGUAAUCUGGGCUUGUAGAAAUCAGCCAUUUCAAAGCAUCACCGGCGAGGGUGUACAUAACGGGUUUGUGAAGGCUAGGGUUGGCGGAAUUUACUUCUACAGCUGUUAUGCCCCACCGAGCCUCCCCUUGGACGAAUUCACUGACUUCCUGGACGAAUUGACCGAGGAUGCGAAGCGGCACUUUCCCGUGGCAAUAGCUGGGGAUUUCAACGCCUGGGCAGUUAACUGGGGAAGUAGGGAGACGAAUCCCAGAGGGCAAGCCGUACUGGAAGCCAUGGUAGCGUUGGACGUGGUUUUGCUGAAUAGCGGCGACGAACCGACUUUCAUGAGAGGAGAUGCGACAUCGAUUGUGGACCUUACAUUCGUGAGCAACACUCUUGCAAAGGAGAACUGCUCAUGGAGAGUAACAAACAUUGAGACUGCAAGUGACCACUGUGAGAUUACGUGGCAGGCAAAUAUUGGCCAGAGAACCGCCCUAACACCAAAGAAGACCAACGGCAUUGGCUGGAGGGUGAGCACUUUUGAUUCUAGCUCCUAUUCAGCAGCGUUGGACGAUCGCCCGAUCAGUGGUAGCAAUGCCACUGAAAAGGCACAAAAUAUCAUGAGAAGGCUGACGGAAGCCUGCGAUGCAACUAUGACCAGAAAGCGGGCCACAAACCGGCACCUACCGAUGUACUGGUGGAAUGAAACCAUCGCCACCCUGCGAAAAGAGUGUAAUGCAGCUCGGAGACGGUCUCAGCGUGGCCGCAAGAAGUCGAAUUCCGAGGAGUUGCAGACAAGAUAUACGGAAGCACGCCGAAACCUCAGCAAGGCCAUCAAGCGCAGUAAAAAGCAAUCUUGGAGGGAACUCCUUGCUGAGGUGGAAAGCGAUACGUGGGGUAGACCAUACAAGGUGGUGAUGUCGAGACUAAAUAGUCAGCCAAUGCUGUCACCAACGUGUCCUGUGCUGUUGAAAAAAAUCGUCACGGUGUUGUUCCCGCAACAGCCAGAACUUCAUCGCACAGACGAAAAAUGGAAAGAGAUGAUUAUUCCACCAAUCACCAAGCAAGAACUGAUGGAAGCCUGCAAUAGGACAGCUAUCCACGCGAUGCCGGAGAUAUUUUUGGACGUAUACAACGAGUGCCUAAGGGAGGGCUCCUUCCCUGCCAUGUGGAAGCAGUAG